GCCAGUCAGUCAGUAAUCGUAUCUAUCGUUCUUCAGUUGAUCAACCGCCGCGGUCAGAUUCGGUUCACUCCAUAGCUGUUCGACAUAGGCGACUAAUCGUAUAUAAACGUUCAAGUGAAUGUGCUGAUAAACAUAAUAAUUUUUUACAUACAAUAACCGAGUGGUUUUCGAAUUAUUUAAAAUAACGAAACGCACUAAAAAAAUUGCGAAGAAAAUGGAAGUUGUUCCUCCUUAUUAUAUACAACCGUCGUAUCCCGUUCAUUCGACUCUCGGAAUCUUGAAACUGGAGGACAUAGAGUCGGAAACCAGUGCGUUUAUGGCACUACACCAACGGCUUGAAGAAGAACUCCGAGCGGCCAAACGAGCGCAGUUAUCGUGCGGCGAAGUUUUGCUGCCGCCUGAUCUUCUCCGGAGGAUAGCCAGAGAUGUGCUUAAAAUGGCCGAAAGCGAACCCUGUGGUCUCAGAGGAUGCACAUUGUACCUGAAUUUCGAAGGCGACCAAGAAUGCCGGAAAAUCGGUACAAUCAAAUGUGAUACCAACACAGUGUCGACAUUCGAAUUGUUCCUCACACUCAAACAAGAUCCCCGAAAUACGUGGUCGCUCAUUCCUCUAUUCAUUAGGAAUUUAACUAAAGGUGGUACCAUAGUGAUAGAUCAAGAAUUCACCAUAGAAAAAAGGAAGCUGUACCGGUCUUUUUUGGAGUGAGGACCAGCGACGUCCGGUGCUGCCGAACGACAGUGCCACCUCCUCCACCUCCUUCUCAUUGUCAGUAUCUCAUCAUAACACCAUCACUACCACCACCUCCACCAACAACACCACCGACGUGAGUGAGAGAGAGCCAAGACUGAUUCCCUCGGAACAGCCUGUGCGUUUUUUGAAAAAUUUAAAAACAACAAAUUAUGCACUACUAACGAGCGUGCGCAGUUUACGACUACCACCAAGUAAUAACGACAUUUUUGUAAUAUUGUUUUAAAAAAUAUUAAGAAAAAUCGUGUAGACGCCAUUUUCCUUGGUCUUGUAAGUGGAUCUGUGGUGUGGAAAGUGAAAAAAUAAUAAUAGUAUGUAUUGUGUGUGUGUAUAUAUAGUAUUUUAUGUUAAAUGAUAUGAAGAAAAAAACAAAUUAUAUAAGUAUGAAUAUAUAUAUAUAUAUAUAUAUAUAUAUAUAUAGAUACAUAUAUACGCGCAAGAAAAAUUUUUAAAAAUUCGAUUGUGAUCAGUCUUUGUGUUACGUUUAAUUUUUGUUUUCGUUAUUAUUUAUGUCGAUAAAUUUAUACAUUGAUAUUAUAUUUAUAUUAUAUAUGUCUCCAGAUUAUAAUACUAAUUAUUAAUAUUUCCUUUUUUUUUUUUUACCCAUAAAUCGUUGUUUUUUGUCGGCUUUUUAUAGUUAUAUACAUACAUAAUGAUAAAUAUAUAUUUAUAGAGCGUAAAUAUUAAGAUUAUUAGGUACACAGAUAGAUAUUGUAGAUUGUAGUUUCUUUAAGUCGAUUUUGAAUUAGGUACAGUUAAAAUCUUUUUUACAUAGUCGUACGUACUUUUUUUUAUAAGUGAAAAUCAUAAUAGUGGACAGGAUUUAACAAAAAUCUGAAAAUAUAAUACAUAAAAUAAAUUGUAAAAAAAAAAAAAAAAAACUAAAAAAAUAUAUAUAUAUUGCUAAUUUCAUUCAAAAUAUUAGUGUGUCCAGACAAAAGAAAAAAUAAUACUUAGUUGGUAGGUUUUAACAAUUAUUAACUUUUAUGUAGGCUAAAAUAUCGCACCAAAAAAUUUUGAUAUAAUUUCAAAAAAUAUAAAUCCUUAUUUAAAUAGGCGUAUUUUUAGAAAUUUGCCAAGAUGUCUUUCACGUUCAAAUUUAUUUAUAUUUAUUAAAAUAUUAUAUGAAUCGAUAUAAUUAAUAAUUAAAUGAAAAAAAAAAAAGUUAACCUUAGCGUAAGUGUUCCUAACUGACAUCACAUUAAUGAAAACAUUUUAUAUAUUUUCAAUAAGAUUUCGGUGAUAAAUUAUUGAAUGAAAAAUCUUUUCUUUAAGUAUUUUCUGUGUUUGUCUCACAAUUGUUGUGAUGAAUUUCAGUAGGGUUUAUAUGUACAAAAUAUACCUAUGAAUAUGAAUUAUUAAUGAGAAAAGUGUAGAGGUAGAUUCUAUUUAGAAUUUCAUAAUUGAAAAAUAAUAUAUUAUAAUACACAGAUUCAAAUAUAUAUAUAUAUAUAUUUAUUUUAUUAAACAACCAGUCAAAAAAAAAUAAUGUUAAUAAUUAGCAUUAAAAUAUAUUUGUUUAAAAAUAAUUUUUAUUAAUUAGGCUAGUGAAAUACCUAUAUAUUGUGAUAACGGAUUUUUACUUUUUCCUUAAAUGUUAACUUUCAAAUUUUGUAGGCUUUUAUUAAAGCGCGUGUGAAUUUUUUUACAUAAAAGACGGUCUUUAACUCACAAAAUUUAACAGUUAAAUUCUUUACAAGAAAAAUAAUAUUAUAUAUUGUAAAAUUAUAUUAUAUAUAAAAUAGAGUUUUUGGCUAUAAUAAUAUAUUAUGUUUUCUGAUCUCAGUGACACUGUAAAGUGUAUUCUUAACAGUAUUUUUUUUUUAAGUUAAGUUUACCUUUGAAUUGUGUUUAUAUUAAAAAUAAUAUAACUGCGCUUGUAUCGAGCUCAACACUCGUUAUUGUAAAAGCGUUGGAGAAUUUAUAUAUUUUUGUUUAUAUAUUUAUAUAUAUUUUUUGUUAAUGUCAAAAUACUACUCUCCCUAUUGAUUGUGGCACGACCUCACACCCUCCCGGCCAUUCAUAUCACUUCAUAGCAAUUGUCAUGUUUUUUUUCUUAUUUUGUUAUGUUGUAGUAUAUGAACAAAAAAACUAUGCAAAAAAUUGAGAAAUUAAUAAAAAAAUAAUAUUUUGACAAAAA